CCAUUCUGAGAUUCUAUGGCAGAAAGCAGCAGCACUGGUGUACGGUUGUUGCCUGUUUUACCUGACAGCCAUGCUAAAAAUUCAUUUUUUAACCUGAAAAGUGGGAGCGUGCUAAGCGUCUUCUCCGCAUCCAGGGAUGUGUGGUACCCAGGUGCUCAGUGGGACUGGAGUCGCAUUGUUCUGGUGCUCGGAGCUGCUUUUUCCUCUCCAUCACACCUGCAAGUAACUCAGAUUUGCGUGUCCUUAAGCCCUCAUUAGUUCACUGAUAAUCUGCAAGUGGUUGAACCUGAGUGCUUCAUGAGGAUGGAUCAACACAGGGUUGUGCUACCGGUGCACGUACCCACACCUCACUGUGGUCCAAACCUGGAUGCACACCCGGGCAGCGAGAGCCUACCCAUGAGCUCGGAUUUCCAGCAUUACAGUUUCAGGAUGCCGAACAUCGGGUUCCAGAACCUGCCUCUCAACAUAUAUAUCGUGGUUUUUGGCACGGCCAUCUUCGUCUUCAUCCUCAGUUUACUGUUCUGUUGCUACUUGAUCAGGCUCAGACAUCAAGCACACAAAGAGCUUUACGCCUACAAACAGGUAAUACUGAAGGAGAAGGUGAAGGAGUUGAACCUACACGAGAUCUGUGCCGUUUGCUUGGAGGAAUUCAAGCCCAAGGACGAGCUGGGGAUCUGCCCGUGCAAACAUGCCUUCCACAGAAAGUGCCUCAUCAAAUGGCUGGAGGUGCGCAAGGUCUGCCCGCUCUGCAACAUGCCGGUGCUGCAGCUGGCACAGCUGCACAGCAAGCAGGACCCAGGCCCUCCUCAGGGUCCCCUACCUGGAGCAGAGAACAUCGUAUAGCUGUGCAUCAGCACGGACUGCCCCGGGGUACCUGGAGACGACCAAAGCACUACGGCACCAGCAAAGGAGCCAAGCUGGGGACGGGAGGAUGGAGAGCUGAGAGCACUUUAGGGAAGUAGCAUCCCUGCGCCCCAGAACGGUGCUUGGCCUCGGAAUGGGGUUUUCCUCAGCGGGAACAUGGAGCUCAGUGACUGUCGGGAAGCCUCAGCGUGAUGCCUUGGGAUGGAGCUGUGCCUGAAUGCACUCAUCCCCCUCUGAGCAUCACCCAGGAGAGCUGGUGUCUGCCCCGCGCGGUGCUGUGGGCUCAGUGCCAUCCAAGGGGGGAAUUUUUCACCCCCGAUUGCCAUCCCUACUGAGGAUUGCAGUUUCUCCUCCCAAAGGGCCGCCCAGGGUUUGGGGCCGGGUGCUUUUUGGGGUGGCUUCCCCCCCCCCCCCCCUCCCCUGCUCAGUGCCACGGGCUACCUCAGGGCUCCCUUCAUCCCCGCCAUGGGGCAGAGCAUCUCCCAUUGGUGCAACCACCUGGCAUCACAGCAAGGUGGGGGCAAACCCUGCCCUUUGGGUUCACGUUGAGCCUGGCUCUUUAGGUUUCCAAGCACGGAUGGCUCAGCAUCACCCAAAGUCCCUCCCCAACCCUCCCCGAGUGCCAAAGCUGCUGGGGGCUGCACCACCCCCUCCUCUCCUUUCACCCCAUGGGGCAAAUUCAGCCCUUUUCCAGGCAUCGUUCCCCACCCCCCCUCAACCCUGCAGCUCUUUAUGGGGG